AUGACUCAUUCGCCGCAUCCCUCUGAAAAGGUCCUGGGCAUGCCGCCCUUCGUGGCUGAUUUCCUCAUGGGAGGUGUCUCUGCUGCCGUCUCCAAGACCGCUGCCGCUCCCAUCGAGCGAGUCAAGCUCCUCAUCCAAAACCAAGAUGAAAUGAUCAGAGCCGACCGCCUGGAUCGCAGAUAUAAUGGAAUAGGCGAAUGCUUCAAGCGCACAAUAGCUGACGAGGGUUUCGUUAGCUUAUGGCGCGGCAACACGGCGAAUGUGAUUCGGUAUUUCCCCACGCAGGCUCUCAACUUUGCCUUUCGAGACAAGUUCAAGAAGAUGUUUGGCUAUAAGAAGGACCGCGACGGUUAUGCCAUGUGGAUGGUGGGAAAUUUGGCUUCUGGAGGCGCUGCCGGAGCAACUGGCCAGCUUUUCGUCUAUUCUCUUGAUUAUACGCGGACUCGGUUGGCGAACGACGCAAAGAAAGGAGGACAGCGCCAGUUUAAUGGAUUCAUCGACGUAUACCGGAAAACAAUAGCAUCAGACGGCAUCGUUGGCCUUUACCGCGGCUUCUUCCCCUCUGUCUUUGGCGCUGUUGUUUACCGAGGUCUGUACUUUGGCAUGUACGAUUCCUUCAAGCCGCUUGUUCUCGUUGGGGCUCUUGAGAACAACUUUCUGGCUUCAUUCUGCCUGGGAUACUUUGUAACAACAGCGGCGGGCAUUGCUGCUUACCCGUUAGACACGAUCCGCCGGCACAUGAUGAUGACUUCGGGAGAGGCAGUCAAGUAUAAGAGUUCGUUUGAUGCCGCUAGGCAGAUUAUUGCCAAGAAUGGAGUGCGAGCUCUCUUUAAUGGCGCUGGAGCGAACAUUCUUCGGGGUGUUGCUGGAGCUGGUGCAUUGUCAAUCUAUGAUGAGCUUCAGGUUGCUCUAUUUGGCAAGACGUUUAAGGGCGAAUGA